AUGCCAGCCGGGCGGGAGCUGCCCGAUGGGUUGCCCCCCGUCUCCGACCAGUCCGACGGCGUACCCUCCUCACUACCUCUGGACAGCGCCUACAAACAUCAGCAAGGCGAAGAAAAGGCCGCGGAUGCUGAUGCCUUUGCUGCAAAUGUCUCGCCGCCUGCCAACUCACCGCCGCCCAAUGGCGGCUACUGGGCUUGGAUGCAAGUCGCCGCCGCCUUCAGCAUCUUCUUCAACACCUGGGGGGUCCUCAACACCUUCGGCAUCUUCCAGACCUACUACGAGGGCGGCUCCUUGUUCCGCGAGCCGUCGUCCGACAUUUCGUGGAUCGGCUCUAUCCAAGCGUACUGCGUCCUGGUCGUGGGCCUCGUCUCCGGGCCAAUCUACGACCGGGGCCGUCUUCGCCUGCUGGUCCUCGCCGGCUCGUCCCUGCUCGUGCUCGGCUUCAUGAUGCUCAGCAUGUGCGAGACCUUUUGGCAGGCCCUUCUCGCGCAGGGGUUUUGCAUCGGCAUCGGCGCCGGCUGUCUCUUCGUGCCGUCGCUGGCCCUCCUCCCGACCUAUUUCAACACCCGGAUCGGACUGGCGGUGGGCAUCGCCGCCUCGGGGUCUUCGCUAGGCGGCGUCGUUUAUCCAAUCAUCUUCUACAAGCUGAUUGGCAGGAUCGGCUUCGGCUGGACCGUCAGGACGAUUGGCUUCAUUGCCCUGGCGACGCUGACGAUCCCGCUGUGCUUUGCCAAAAUGCGCGUCAAGCCGCUGCGCCCCAGAGCCGUGCUGGACUGGUCGGCCUUUACCGACUGGCCGUAUGUCUUCUUCGUGGUAAGCACCUUGAUUGGAUUCAUAGGCCUCUACGUCGUCUUGUUUUACAUUUCGUAUUUCGGCGCCGCGACGGGGAUCGCGUCACCCGAAAUGUCCUUCUAUCUGAUCCCGAUUCUCAACGCCGUGUCCAUGUUUGGCAGAACACUGCCAAACGCCAUCUCCGACAAGACGGGCCCGUUCAACUUAUUUGGCCCGGCCGCCAUCAUUUGUGGCAUCUUGACGUUUUGUCUCGUCGCGGUCAAGAGCCUCGGCGGCAUUAUUGCCAUUGCCGUCCUCUAUGGCUUCUUCUCGGGAGUCUUCAUCGCCAUACCGGGCGUCUGCUUUGUGAGACUAACAGAGGACAAGAGCAAACUCGGCACCCGUAUUGGCAUGGGGUUUGCUGCGUUUGGUUUUGGCGCUCUUGCCGGCGGACCCGGGGGCGGUGAUAUUCUAGGGACUGAUCGGAGUGACCUUCACUGGGACUCGGUGUGGGUAUAUGGAGGCUGCACCAUGAUGUGCUCUGGUGUUUUGCUGACUGUUCUUCGAUUCUGGCUAUCGGGGGGGAAGCUUGUGUUGAAGAUAUAG